AUGGAUCCUGAUACAACAUUAUCAUCUACAGGUGAACAACUCAAAGAUCCUACUAGGUAUCGAUGCUUAGUUGGAAAGCUAAUCUAUCUCACAAUUACAAGGCCAGAAAUUACUUUUGCAGUCAACACACUCAGUCAGUUUAUGCAAGAGCCUAAACGCCAACAUCUUGAUGCUGUAAACCGUCUACUUCACUACCUUAAAGGAGCUCCAGGGCAAGGGCUGUUAUUCUCUACACAGAACAAGUUGAAACUAAUUGGUUAUUGCGAUGCUGAUUGGGCUAGAUGCCCAAUGACACGCCGGUCAGUCACGGGAUAUUGCAUCUUUCUUGCUACAUGUGAACUCACUUGGUUAAGAUAUCUAUUGCAUGAUCUGCGAGUUACUCAUGCUGAACCUGCAAAGUUGUUUUGCGAUAAUCAAGCUGCCCUAUAUAUUGCAGCAAAUCCAGUGUAG